AUGUACUCGCAAUCACCGCAAGAGGCUACGUCCGACCAGGCUGGCACGAUCAACGGAUACCCAGCUCAAGUACACCCGUAUCUCGCGUAUCCAUUCUCGCCGGCUGAGGGAAGCGAUACAGGAGAGACCCAUCAUGAAUUACAGCUCAACACCAACAAGGCUGAUUCCUACGCACCUACACACACGCUCUCUGGUCAGUCUCUGCCGCCAUUCUCUGCUCUCCGCGGAGUUGCUCACUGACACGAGUUCAAUUACCCGCAGCCGAGCGCUCGACGUGGACCCACACAUCUUCCUCGUCGAGCCACUCGGUCUGCUCAUCGGCUUGGGCAUCUCCACAAUCAUCUCAGUACACACUCAACCCAGCUCACGACGCCGCACAAUCUUACAUGUCGGCCUCGGCGUCACCCACUGCUCGCCCUAUCACCUCGGUGGCUGGUUUCGAUCAAGCUUCGACCACGGAGCGAUCGCCGAGUCAGCGCCACCUCGGUCUCGGCAGCCUCCCGGUCGUUGAUCACGGCCCGACCAUUCGGCCUUUGCGAUCCGACAAGAGGCUCAGCUCCCACUUUCCGCUUGCUUCGUCUAGACCUGGAUCUGGCACAUACUCAGGCGCCGAAUCAGCCACAUCCAGUCUCCCAUCCUCCCUUGCAUCGGCGCGACGACGUAUCUUUGCCACCGGAACGGACACGAGCACAUCCGCCUCGAGUGAUUCUUCGCCGCGCGAAGAGCUUCUCUCUCCCGCAGUCGACGACGUAUCGUUCAUCUACCCUUCACCCAAAAUCGGGUCACCGACCGACGAACUGCCGAACCUCACGUCGCCAUCAGGGUCCGAUCUUCAGGCCCCUACAGUUGUUGAGCCGAAGGCUGCAACUACGGAGGACCCCGUCGGCAAGUUGGCCGACAACCUCGAAUUGCUCAGUUUCCUUAAGACACAUAGGGAGGAGAGUCCUGAAGUUGUCUUGCCAUUUCCCCUCGCCAGCUCAGCACAGUCAAUCUCGAUCAGUGGGGCGUCGAAUGCGUCCCCUCCGAAUGACGAUCCCGAGUCCCAGUCACCCCCGGCGGAAUGGAAAGAGGCCAACACCAGCAAGACCCAACGCGUACGGGAUGAGCUCUGGGAAUGCGCCAAGUGCCAUAAAGAGCUGGGUCGGCUCUUGCUGAGGGAUCCUAUGAGCCAACCGCCAAUCCCCUUUCUGCACACCUUCCUCUGUUCAGACUGCUGCCCCCCGGAAGAGGAGCAUGCUACCGAGAACCCCGUCGCGGCUAGCGCCUCAUCAGACCUGGCCGUCUCGUACGAAAGCGGAUUCUCAGGCUUACUCGACAAGGAGUCCAACAUCCCGAUUCCCACCAGAAAAACUCCCCGGGUUCAAGCUAGCGGUAAGCGUCGUCGGCUCACCGGCUCCUUGUCGACUUGCGAUGUGUGCAUGCACUUUAUCGCUACCUCGUCGGCGCAGGACGAGGACUCCCUUCGACCCCCCUCGGCACCUCUCGUCGAAAGGGUUUGCAAGCACUGUCAUGCAAAAUACCGCCGAUGCACGGACUGCGGUGGGCGACCUGAUAAGCGACUCGGCGUGGGUCGGUGGCGACUCAAGGAGCUGUUCCCAGACGGCACACGACGGUGUAUCAUCCCCCACCGACCGUUACGAUCGCUCACCGAGACGACGUGCGACGUCUGGCGGGUUAGCGAAUUGCCGUCCGAUGAGGUCCCGGCUUACCUGACCGAGAUUCAGAAAGUCAUGUCGUUGGCGAUGUUUGCGACCAUGGCGAUCCCCGACACGAUGGAAUGCGAGAGCCCCAUGUGCAUCGACUUUCGCUCCGCCGCCGUACUCGCCUCGGAGGCAUUUAGGCUUCUUACGCCUUUAAUCACGACCGGCGUCGAGGAGUCAUUGAGGAUACGUCGUUACAUCACACUGAGGUGGCACAACCCACUCCUACCGCGGGGUGAGAGGUUGGCAGUUCCACCCAAUCCGCAAUCGCAAGAUCCGGACGUCAUCGCGCUUCAAAAACCUCCCAACCUCGUGCGUGAGGAGUACACGCUCUUCGCGUUCAAUUAUAUCGAGCUCGAACUCGAGACGGGCAGCAUUGCUGUCGCACUCUCCGCUCCUAGAGGGGUACGUUGGCUCUGUCUCAGACCUUAAAGGCUUACUAUUCGCUCGUACUAAUUAUUCCGUUUACACUUGCAGAUGGGACAUAGCUAUCACGCUCAGACCCACAGCAUACAGUGUGCAAUCCGUCGAGCUCAGCACGACUUGGCAAAGACGAACCGCGAGCGUGUGGCUGACGGCUUGGACGCUUAUCCCGAGAUCAACGAGCUGUGGCUGAUAAGUAGGUACCAGAAUGCGACUCUGGCGUGAGGGGAUGGCUGAAUUUACACUUUCGGUUGGUGCAGAUGGGCACAACAAAGCCAGUCGCGUACUCCAUCGAGACGAGCGCCAAAGAGGCAUGAUCCCGCUUGACGAAUAUCUCGUCAAACAUGCGUCCGUGACUGAUCCGAAGCAUUUCCCUCCCCAUCGCUCGAUAUUGUUACCGUGGGAGUUCUUGAAGAGGUAUCGCUUCUAUGCGAGGAGGUUCUCCGGUAAAGACGAUUUGACGAAGAUUCUGGGGAGGAGGAAGACGGCGGGAGGGAACAAGGCUCGGAGGGGAAGACUGCCAGUUGGCGCCGACAAUGGGUCGAACGUGACGAUACCUAAGGGAAAAGAUGAUGAAUCUGACGACGAAGACGCGUGA